AUGCAAUUCAAGCUCCUCACCAUUGUUGGCUUCGCCGCCUCUGUUCUCGCCGCCCCUCAGGUUGGCACUGACAUCCCAAGCAUCCCUGGUGACCUCACUGUAGGACAAGCCGAUGCUAUUUGCGGCAGCGAUACCUCCCUGAGCUGCUGCAACAAGGUUGACCAGUCUGGUGACGCCAUCAGCAUUGCCGAUGGCCUCCUCUCUGGUCUUUUGGGCAAUGCUCUCUCCGGAGGAUUGGGUCUCUUCGAUGGCUGCUCCAAGCUUAGCCUUCCCCUUGGCAUCGUUGGUGGUGGUGUUGGCGAUCUCCUCAACAGCCAGUGCAAGCAGACUGCCGCCUGUUGUCAGGGGACUGACUCAGACCAGGACGGUCUUGUCAACGUUGGACUCCCUUGCGUUGCUCUCGGCGGUCUGCUAUAA